AUUACACUACUAAUGUCGCGUUUAAAGUGUAUAGAUUUCGUCCGAACGUCGCCAUUUCUGUAAUUUCAUUCGCUCCGCAAUGGGACAGUUUUAUAUACUCAGUUUCUAUAACGAUUCGUACUCGAACUCCGCUGGGAAAAUAGGGAAUACGGAGCUGUACUGGGAGGACAUUUUAAUGCUGGUUUUAUUUUUUGCGCUGGUGCUUGUCGUAGGAUUUUGGUCGUCUUGCAAGUAUACCAACGACAACGUCAGCAGUUACUUCCUAGCGAACAGGAGCAUGCAUUGGUUUCCUAUAGGAGCAUCCCUGUUUGCCAGCAACAUAGGAAGCGGGCAUUUCAUUGGUUUAGCCAGUGCGGGUGCGCGAUUCGGAAUUGGAAUGGCAGCUUUUGAAUUAAAUGCACAGUAUGUUCUUCUAGCUUUGGGCUGGCUAUUCCUUCCGGUGUACAUGGCUUCCGGAAUAUACACAAUGCCUGAAUACGUUAGGAAACGUUUCGGAGGCCGAAGAAUAGGGAUUUAUCUAUCAACUCUUACACUGUUUCUAUAUGUAUUUACUAAGAUUUCGGCAGAUUUGUAUGCAGGGGCAAUAUUUAUAAAACAGACAAUCAAAUUGGACUUGUAUGGCUCCAUUUUAGCAUUACUAAUAAUCUCUGCACUUUUUACAAUAUCUGGUGGUCUAACUGCAGUCAUGUGGACAGAUUCUAUACAGACUGUGUUAAUGGUCAAUGGUGCAUUCAUUUUGAUGAUGUUAACAUUUGAAAAAGUGGGAGGCUAUAAAGAAUUAAUGGAAAAGUAUCCAAAAUCUAAACCCGGUAGUGAUUAUGUCAGAUAUGACAUAAAUAAUCAAUCGUGUAGUGCAAUUUCUCUGUAUUACGACCACCUCCUGAGACCCGCUAGCGAUCCCGAUCUUCCUUGGCCCGGUGUAACUUUUGGAUCUAUUAUACCAGCUGUAUGGUACUGGUGUACCGAUCAAGUUAUUGUCCAAAGAGUUUUAUCUGCCAAAAAUAUAAUACAUGCUAGAGGAGGAUGCAUUUUUGCCUGUUACAUCAAGUUAUUAACACUUUUCCUUCUCGUUCUACCAGGAAUGGCAGCCAGAGUUUUGUAUCCAGAUAUUGUUGGAUGCUCCAAACCAGAAAAGUGUCAAGAAGAAUGUGGAAACAAAAAUGGCUGCACAAAUAUCGCCUAUCCUUUAUUAAUUCUGAAUCUAAUGCCAGCAGGUGCUCGUGGUAUGAUGAUGUUUGUGCUUUUGGCUGCACUGAUGAGUUCGCUCACUUCACUUUUUAAUAGUAGUUCCACAAUUUUUACUAUGGACAUCUGGACAAGUUUCAGGAAACAAGCAACUCAAAUGGAACUGAUGAUAGUAGGAAGGAUAUUUAUACUGAUUCUUGUUGGAGUCAGCAUCGCUUGGAUACCAAUUAUAGAAACCUCACAAAUAGAACUCUUUCAUUUCAUACAGAGUAUUUCCAGUUAUUUGUCACCUCCCAUAUGUGCAAUUUAUCUUCUUGCCAUUUUAUGGCCAAGAAUCAAUGAAAAGGGUGCAUUUUGGGGACUCAUGGCAGGUUUUGUUAUAGGCAUGAUUCGCUUUGUUCUCGAAUUAAACAGCACCGUUCCUCUUUGCUUAGACAAGUUACCAGAUCCUACAUCCAGUAUUAUUUCUAAAAUAAAUUAUUUACAUUUUGGAAUUAUAUUAUUUGCUAUCGUGUGCAUAAUUACUAUCGCAGUUAGUUUGUCAACCGAAGCUAUAGCCGAAAAUCAGUUGUAUCGAUUAACAUUCCGGUCAAGAUUCAGUGUGAAGUUAAGAGAUGAUUUAGAUGCCCGAAUUAUCUCGGAAAGAAGACAGAAGAGGGUAUCCGUUAGAACAUGUUCCAUCGGAAUCAAAGAGGAUAUUUGUGUGGAAUCGUCAUCGGAAAAAUCUGAGGUUCGGCAAAAUAUCAGAAAGAGUAAUCAAGUGGUAGUAGAUGGAUCAAAACUCUCGUUAGUAAAAAGGACAUUUUAUUAUCUGUGUGGAGUGAAGAACUCAAAGGAGAAGAAUUGGGAAAUGCAAAAGCUUUCUCCUGAAGAAGAAAUAGAGAAGAUUUUCCAUUUUUUGAAACCCAAUCGAUUUUGGGAUUCCAUCUGUAAUGUCAAUGUCACAAUUAUUUUAAUAGUGACGUCGUUUGUUUGGGGAUUCUUUGCCUAAGUAGUAAUAUUUUCCUGAGCGUGUUUUACCUAAGUAGUAAUAAUUCUGCAAAAGUAAUAACUUAAUAUUUGUGUUAUUGUAAAUAUUAAAAGCGUACAUAAACAAUACCAUCUUUAAAGUAAGUUCCUUAUGCAGCUACAACUCAUUUAUUCUGUAUUAACUUGAGUGUGUUAUUACAGCAUCUUUUACUUGUUGGGCUUGCAAUUUGAAAAAAUUGUAGACCUACAAAUUCCCACUAUUAUCCAUUCAUCCCUCUGUCUUUCCUUAGAGUUAGAUAGAUGAAAGACAAGACCAGAUAUGGAAACCUUAAGGGCAGAAGAACCCAAUUAACUAUAUAAGAACUUCCAUAGCAAACCAGAGGUCAUUAUUUCAAUUCAAAAAUUUUCCUUCGAAAGGUGUUAGAUAGACCGGCAUGACUAUUGUUAAGUGGAAAGUAUGUUGUACAGGGAAAAGCCACUACUAAUUUGAGGUUUUUAAUCAUAUGCUUAAUUUAUUUAAUUUAAAAUAAAUGCAUUUAUUUUAAAUUAAAUAAAUUAAGCAUAUGAUUAAAAACUGCAGACCGGCAUUGUGAUGAUGUCACAAUAAAUAAUUGCUCAUUGAUUUAAAUUUCCAAUUCUUAAAUGAAAUGUUUUGGUGGAGGCAUGAAAGUAUGUGUAAGCAAAGUCUGGGAAAUAAGGAGGCUGUAGAAAUAAAGGUGCCAUACUUUUGCCAGUAUUUACUAAUUUGGAGAGAGUAAUGGUCCAGUGUGUUGACAUAAUGGAAAAUUUCAGAAUAAAUAGUAAUAAAUAAGCCAUUCACAAGCCAAAUCAGUUAAGUCAUUUUGAAUUUUUUUAAAUUUUAGUUUCAAAGCACAUCAAUAUAAAAAGUUAGGAAUAUAUCAAAAUAAGUAUCUGUAAUAAUAAUAAUUAAUUUUAUUGACUAUUGAAAAAAAUUGGCUUCUGAAAUAAAUACUAUCUAACUCCAUACUGUAAUGUAAAUCUGCCAGCACAUAUUGCAGUGUCCAGUGCCUUGUAGAUAGCUAUAAAUUAUUUAAUAUCUCAUCACAAAAAAUAUAUAAAAGAAAUUAAUUAGUUACAGUCCAACUGCUGCAGAAGUAAAUAUACUUUUGGAUUAUUGAAUGAUUGUUUUAAUUUUGGUGGCAAUUGUUUUUAGAAAAAGAAACAGUUAUAUCAAGAUGGAUGAAACUAACAAUAAUUUUCCAUCCCUCCUAUUAAAUAUGAUUCUUAUCAAAAUUUAAUAACAAAUCGACACGACUAGACCUCAAAUACAGCUGAUGAAGACGACGUCAUUUAUGUUGCCGAAUAACCAAUUUAAACAAAUAACAACAACAACAACCAUUGUAACAGUAGCAGAACAGUUAUUAAAGAUUUUUUGCAAAAAUGAGUAAUAAAAUAUGCACGAUAAUGAAGUUUCUUUAUAUAAAAAAAAAAACAAUUUGAAGAUUGAAUUUGAUGUUAUUACUUUCUUCACUUACCAAGUCUAUUAAAUCCCUCAAUCACAUCAAAAUCGUAACAAUAAAGCAUAGAUAUUCUAUAAUUGUUAUCUUGUAGCUUUUAUUUAACAACAUAUAUCUACAAUAAUAAAAAUUUCAAAUAAACAUUGUUAAAAUUCCUUUUAAAAUACAUUCUACAAAGAAUGUAUAUAUUAUUUUGUCACUUUUCUCCAACUUUUGUUUUAUGGAGUUAAUCGAUUGGGCAAAUGAGCAGCACAAAUAACUAUGAGCCUCAUUGGUCUUAAAUGUUAUAAGUACAGAUUAAUCGCAUACCUUUUUGAUUUUAAUUCAUUAAUGUGCGAUGUCCCGGAAUGCAUUUCAGUUUAUUCAACAGCCCUCUUGUCAGUUUAUAUGAAUAUUCUAUUUUUAUUUAUUAAAUUCUCUUAUAAGUGUUUUAAUUUUAAUACCAUGAUGAUGAAAAUAUCUGGAUUAAGAGGGCUGUCGAAUAAACUGAAAUGCAUUCCGAGGCAUCACACAACUUUUCGAUUUUUAUUCAUUAGUGUGUGAUUAAUCUGUACUUAUAACAAUAAUGCCAAUGAGGCUCUUAUUUAUUUAUUACUAACAAGCAAUUAUUUAUUGUGACAUCAUCAUAAUGCCAGGCUGCAAUUUUUAAUCAUAUUCUUAAUUUAUUUAAUUUAAAAUAUGUGUCCCCCA